CAGACAGCGCUUUUCGCUCUCUCGCUGUCUUCUUUUUCACAAAAAAGACCGAACAGGGGUUGAAACUGAAACAGGGCAAGGUCUCGUAAAAAGGAGUGCGGUCUCUAGCUCCCCUUCAUUCUCACUGUUUCCUGUUUAAAGGAGGCCAUUUUGUAAGUGAGCCUGGAGAAGAGCACAACAAAGUUUGGGCAUUGUUGUUGUUUUCUUUCUCUCUCUCUCUCUGCCCGCGGCGGAGAGUUUCAGUUUCACAACCAAGUUUGGACUUUCUUCUCUGCAGAGCAGCGCCUUUUGGAUGCGAGAAGUGAAGGAGGGUGGAGGAGAGAAGGCUGGAGGUGUCGUGUUCUCAGUCUCUUUACUUUGUGAGUGUUUCUCUCUCUCUUACACACACACAGGCACACAGCGCUCACGCCUGCCAUGCCUGAACAAUAAGAGAAGCCUGAAGAAAAGAAGUGCUCCUUCCUGGAUAAGGAUUUUCUUCCUUGAGCCGCUGGAAGGAAGCGGGUUUGACGCGGGACUCGGAGGAAAGCGGAGCCGUCCACUCAGCGUGCGUGUGUGUGUAUCCAUGUUUCAGCGUGUGUAGCCCUCCGCUUGAAUGAGUGUUGCUUUUCCGAAAACUUCAGACUGCACCUGUGUGUUUGUGAGAGCCAGCGGACUCUGAAUGGCUAAUGCUAGCCCUUGUAUGCCCUCGGGGGCGGCGAUGGCUCAGGUCUUCUUCCCCCCAGGUGGCACCUUACCACCAAGCUCAGCUUUGAUCCAGCAGGGGACCCCCAUCGCCAUGCACUCUUUGCCCACACCGGGUGGCUUUCCUGUGAUGGAGCUGACUCCAGGGCAUGGUGGUGGUGCUGGGGCUGUGAUGCCCGUGAUGCCCCAAACUCCAGCAGGGGUGUCCUUCAUCAUCCAGAUUGGUCUGACCAGAGAAUCUGUCCUCAUGCCCCAGGCUGCUGACCUGGCCUAUGUGAAACAAAUGGCCUGCUCCAUUGUUGACACCAAGUUCCCAGAGUGCGGAUUUUAUGGCAUUUACGACAAGAUAUUGCUGUUCAAGCAUGACACAUCUACCAACAACAUACUACAACUAGUUAAAGCUGCCAGCGACAUCCAGGAGGGAGAUCUGGUGGAGGUAGUGCUCUCUGCGGCAGCUACGUUUGAAGAUUUCCAGAUUCGGCCCCACGCGCUCAAUGUGCACUCGUACCGGGCCCCGGCUUUCUGCGAUCACUGUGGAGAAAUGCUGUUUGGGCUGGUUAGACAAGGACUGAAAUGUGAUGGUUGCGGGCUAAACUACCACAAGCGCUGUGCAUUCAGCAUCCCGAACAACUGUAGUGGGGCUCGCAAACGGCGUCUGUCCACCACGUCGCUGAGCAGCAGCCAGUCCCUGCGCCUUUCCACCACUGAGUCGGUGUACAGCGUUGGGACAGCCUCCACCUGUGCAGAAGAAGCGAGUCUUAUUCGCUCACACACUCAAAUGCCACGGACAGCUAGCGACGCCCGGCGUUUUUACACGGGGCGACCAGUUCAUCUCGACAAGAUGCUGAUGAGCAAGGUAAAGGUGCCCCACACGUUCGCCGUUCACUCAUACACUCGACCGACGGUGUGCCAGUACUGCAAGAGGCUUCUUAGAGGACUUUUCCGACAGGGUCUGCAGUGCAAAGAUUGUAAGUUCAACUGCCACAAACGAUGUGCAUACAAAGUUCCUAAUGACUGCCUUGGGGAGACCAUUGGAGAAAACAGAAGUAACUCUGACAUGUUGAGUCCCACUGCGGACCCCGAGGUUCCGAUGGACUUUAGCAGUGAGUAUGACGGCUCUGACAAGUCUUCAAUAGAUGACUCGGACGAGGCCUGCAGCAUCCCUGGUUCCUUUUCACCUGACAACAAUCAGGAUGGAGCUAGUGGAGAUCAAAGUGUUUACAUCCCUUUAAUGAGGGUGGUACAGUCUGUGAGACAAACAACCCGUCGAUCCAGCACAGCUAUAAAGGAAGGGUGGAUGGUUCACUACAGCAAUAAAGACACACUGAGAAAGAGGCACUACUGGCGUCUGGACUGUAAGUGCAUCAUCCUUUUCCAGAAUAACACCUCCAACAAAUACUACAAGGAGAUCCCUCUUUCUGAGAUCCUGGAGUUGCGUCCUGCUUCUAACUUCAGUCUCGUCUCCCAAGGCACCAAUCCCCACUGCUUUGAGCUUAUCACAGCCACUAUGUGCUACUUUGUAGGGGAGGAUCCCAACAUCCUCCCCUCUGUGACCCAAAGCCACCCCCAGACUGUCCCACAGACACCUCCCUCCCCAAGCCAGGUGGCGCCCAACAGUGGCAUUGGACGUGAGGUGGCAAAAGCAUGGGAAAGCGCCAUUCGACACGCCCUUAUGCCAGUCAUCUUUCAGGACGCACCGCCAGCUGAGGGGAAUACGCCUCACAGACAAGCUUCUAUCAGCAUAUCUGUGUCCAACAGUCAAAUCCAAGAGAAUGUGGAUAUUGGCACAGUGUACCAGAUUUUUGCUGAUGAAGUGCUUGGAUCUGGGCAAUUUGGAGUAGUGUAUGGAGGAAAGCACAGGAAGACGGGGAGAGACGUGGCUGUCAAAGUCAUCGACAAGCUUCGUUUUCCAACCAAGCAAGAGAGCCAGCUGAGGAAUGAGGUGGCCAUCCUGCAGAGUUUACGUCACCUGGGCAUUGUGAACCUGGAGUGUAUGUUUGAAACCCCAGAGAAAGUGUUUGUGGUCAUGGAGAAACUACACGGUGACAUGCUGGAGAUGAUUCUCUCCAGCGAAAAAGGCAGAUUGCCCGAGAGGCUCACAAAGUUCCUCAUCACGCAGAUUCUUGCAGCUCUGAGGCACCUGCACUUUAAGAACAUUGUUCACUGUGACCUAAAACCUGAAAAUGUGCUACUUGCCUCUGCCGAUCCCUUCCCACAGGUGAAGUUGUGUGAUUUUGGCUUUGCCCGUAUCAUUGGAGAGAAGUCAUUCCGUCGUUCAGUGGUUGGCACACCUGCCUAUCUGGCUCCAGAAGUUCUGUUAAACCAGGGCUAUAACCGCUCACUAGACAUGUGGUCAGUCGGCGUCAUUAUGUACGUCAGCCUCAGCGGGACAUUCCCAUUCAAUGAAGACGAAGAUAUCAAUGACCAGAUCCACAACGCAGCCUUUAUGUAUCCUCCUAAUCCCUGGAAGCAGAUCUCCAGUGAUGCUAUUGACCUGAUCAACAACCUGCUGCAAGUUAAGAUGAGGAAACGCUACAGUGUAGAUAAAAGUCUCAGCCACGCAUACUUACAGGACUAUCAGACGUGGCUUGACCUGCGGGAACUGGAGACUAAGCUCGGGGGACGUUACAUUACCCACGAGAGCGAUGACAGCCGCUGGCAAAUGUACGCCCGUGAACACACUCUGCCAUACCCUGCUCACUUUGUGCCGCCUCCUCCGGCGCAGGCUUCCGAUGACGAGGACGGCGGGGAGGAUGCAGAUAUGCAAGGUCUCACAGAGAGGGUCAGCAUACUCUGACCACAGAGAGGCAGAGGACUCACGCUCAUUUAGGAAGGAUGAAAGAAGCGGGGAGAAGGAGAAGGGGAUGGUGGCCUUGUACUCUAAAAAGACACACUUGCGAAGAAUCAUGCGGUUUUUAUAAAAUAAAGUGUCUGACUGAUUAGAGCUGUGUGAGAGCACUCAGUGUCACAGCUAUAAAUCCAAUUUCUCUCCUCCAGCCCGAAGAAAACCUUUAAAGCAUUUACUCUGCUCGUCUUGGUCCUCUUUCAUCUUUUGAAUGGUUGAAUUUCUUUUAUGAUAAAGACUGCUCAACUCUAUUUCACGUUCCCUGUUCAUCUGUUCAGGGUGCCUUUACAGAUAAAAGUUGCGGAGUGAACCGUAAAUCCGAAUUUGUCAGAGGAAUGAAAAACAGCAUGUUCUUUCCCCCUGUCAGUGUAGCGUGCAUCAGAGCAAACAAGGAAAUGGCAUUUUAUCACAGGUGCAGAAAAGAAUCAAAGAAUCAAACAUUUUGCUAUACAAACAGUAGUAAAAUCCAGCCAAAACGUUACGAAAUUAAAAGCAACGUGAUGCUUCUUUUUUUUCUUUAAUAUAUUAUUUUAAUGGGACUGACUGGAAUUACAGAAAAUUCAGUUCAAUCUCUUUUCAGUGAUGGAGCUCUUUACAGCAACAAAAGACUUCCUCUGUGCUGGUAAUUACUGAAGUGACUCCACUGAGAAAAGCCAUCUAUAUUCACAAAUGCAUUCCCAUAAAUUCGUGUUCUAUAGUGAAAACCAAAGGUAUCGAUCUGGCGACAGCAAAUCCUCCAGUAAUUACCACAGGUUUGUGGCCACAAUGGCCUUUUAGAAAAUUAUAUGUAAUUAAAGAUGCCAUUAUGAGUUUAAAUGAACUAGCGUGGGGGCAGUUUAAUACUUGCACUCACCGGACAAUUUUCCGUCGUGAGAUUUCGUAUAUCGGUGACAACUCUCUGUAGCUACUGCUGAAAAUUGCUCUUUAUUGUGUUAUCACUCGUUGUCACCCGUCUGAGGUCAAGCAGGUCACUGAAAUGAUUUGUACCGUUAAUAAUGAGCAGAUAAAUGAACGCAUCUUUCAGCAAAAGCAAACGUUCCCCUGUGAUGUAAGUGUAUGGGUGGACAGUGUGGGUCACUAAACUAGUUUGGACAACUUAUCUUGUACAAGUAUUGACUACCUUUCAUGUCGAUGUGUUACAUGUUUCUGUGAAGUAGCAUUAUCUAGAUUCAUCAUUGAACAUACUGUAGUUACUUUGGCCUGUUUUAUGAAUGUAUAACCUGAAGUUUAUAUAGCUGUCAAAUAUGUGUAGACUGUGUAUAACAUGUUUGAAGGAUGAUCCUGGCUUUUAGAUAAUACAAACCUCCUACAGCA